AAGAAGGGAAACAUGGCAGCAGUCACCAACAUCAACCUGGACCUCUCAGCGUCUAUCGCUGGCAUUUUGAAUGAAAAACACUGCCCUGAGCACUUGCAAACUUUGAAAACAUUCACGACUGCGUUACGGGACAGGGAAUACAGGGAUGCCGUGGAGGAGCAGGCGUUCUCCCGUCUCCUGGAGGUCCUGACCAGACUCAGUGAUGAGCUGCAGACUGCCAACAAGGACAGUGAGUCUGUCCCCCUGCAGCUGCAGUUGAUUGCUGAGUGCUUCAGGGCCCAGAGGAACUCUUGCGUCCAGAGCACACGCAACCAGAGUCUGCUCAGGGAGCUUGGUUUUAUGGAUGUUUCCCUUAAAGUUCUGGGCUUCCUUCAUAACAUAAAUUUGGAGUGCAGAGAUGGCAUAUUUGAACCUCUCCGUUGUGGGAUCCAAUUCCUCGGUAACUUAGCUGUGGGAAACCAAAUGUGUAAAGACGACAUCUGGCAGCUGAGCUUCCCAAAUCUUCUCCUGCAGCUGCUCAGUGCUGAUGAUGAGAAGACGGUGAACUACGCCUCUAUGGUACUCCACACAUGUCUGGAUGAAGCCAAGGUGGAAGAGCUGUCUGAGCCCCACAACAUUGAGCUUGCACUCAGGGUGAUGGAGCUCUGUAGGACUCAGCCUGACCUGGACUGGACGGUUCUCAUUGCAACCCAACAUUUCCUCAAGUCUUCAGCUCUGGUGGAGAGCAUGUACUCAGGGAUGUCUCACCAUGAAAGACUUACUCUGCUAGAGCUGCUCUUUGCCCAACUAAGAGAGGAGGACUCAGAGGAGUGUGGCAUCCCACCCAGCGUGGCUCGUUUCCUGGCUAAUUCCUUCCAGAAAGGUUGUGGAGCUGUGCUUACACUUGCCACAGGUUCUGCUUCCAGUGAUGAGGUCCUGCAGGAGGCACUGACAGUGAUUAGUCUGCUGGACGUUCUGUGUGAGAUGACCUCAGACCACAGGCAGUUCAUGUUCCUACAGGACCACCCUGACCUUCUAGUGACCACUGUUGAGCUCCUGGCGCAGGUACAUGCCAUAGGGAAGGCCAGUAAGAAUAUUUUCAGCGCUGCUCAGAACUUCUCCUCCUUCAGUGGAGAUGGAGACUUUUCUUCCCAUUCCCCUGUCAUCAGCUUCAAGGCUCACCUCAUCCGGCUGAUAGGAAACCUCUGUCACAGCAAUACUAACAACCAGAAGAAGGUUAGAGAACUGGAAGGCAUUCCCCUCAUCUUGGACAACUGCAACAUUGACAGCAACAACCCAUUCAUCAGCCAGUGGGCCAUCUUCGCCAUCAGGAACCUCCUAGAACACAAUACGCAGAACCAGGAGCUGGUUGCCGAUCUGGAACGGCGUGGCCCUGCUGACUACUCUGCUCUCAGGGAGCUGGGUUUCCUGGUGGAGGAGCGAGAUGGAAGCCUGCUGCUCAAACCUGUGAGGAAAGACUCAUAAAAACCUUGGAGAAGCAGCCAGGAGAAAGGAGAUCCUCAACUCACAAGCAGGUUUUCAUGUGAAGUAAUUGGGAAGGGAAUAAAGUACAUGUGCAUGCGCUUGUGUGAACAUGUACUCUUAUUGUGAGUACAUUGUUAAUGUUACCUAGUAUUAGUAGUAAGCUUCAUUUGAGGGUAAAUGACUCAUCCUCUGUCAAACACAUGUUUUGUGCCUGUCCAGAAAAACUGACAGCCACACUGCCAGUAUAUUAAGCAGAGAAGUGCUUUUAAAUCAGAUAUUUCUAUCAGAAGAGUAUGCAUAACGUACUUUUCUACCUCUGUAAUGUUAGUACUCAUGCUCAGACGGGCCGUACAGUAUUCUUGACAAACAAAAGGCCCAUGGGGUCCCCCUGGUACAAAGGCAGAGGUCAGGAUAUCAGAAGCUCUUGUUCUGUCUUGACCUGAGUCUGGGAAAUGAAGAGUCUGGGAUAGACGAGCACAUGCUGGUACCUUUUGGCAAGGCUAAUGCUUUGUGGUUUAAUCCAAAGACAAAAAGCACCACAGUGUCCGGGCUUUUCACCAUUCACUGACACUGAUGUUACCAGCAGGGGUUGGGGUUUAAUUCCAGGCCCAUAGUGACUUCUGCAGUAACUGUGAAACAGAGAAUGACCAAAACAUGAUAUAAUCAACCCCCUCACCACCUUACCUAAUUAAAUGGUGGUGUCUUUGCCAGGGAGACAAAGACUUUAUUUUUUUCCUCUUUCAAAUGCUUAAAAUACCUGCUACUUUAAAGUGACAUAAUAUCAUUAAUGUUAUUUGAAUCUGAUGAAAUCUAAGUGCUAAAUGCAAUACUAAAACUAAUAACAAACUAUGCAUGUUUUGUAAUUUAAAAACAAUAUACAGCAUGAGCUUGUCACUGUAGCUCUGCUUGCUUUUGCUUUUGCAAUGCUUCUUGGAUUAAGGCUGUAACAGUAAUGAGUUUUAUACUCAACAUAGUUUAGUGAAUUUACUCUUGUUCUUCAUCAUCUCACUCUUAAUCUAUUUCUAUACAUAAAUAAACGCAUGAGGGCUUAUGGAACGCAUCAUAGAUCAUUAACCAUCUAUAAACUCACAACAUUGAGUUUAUGUUUUACUCCUUGGACUGCUUCUCUUUCCUCUCAGCUAUAUUUGAGUUUUACCAGACUGCAUAGACUUAUUUUUAGGGAUUUAGUAAAUACUCUGUGUGUGUGUGUGUGUGUGUGUGUGUGUGUGUGUGUGUGUGUGUGUGUGUG